AUGUUCUCUGGGUCCAACUCGUACUUAGGGGGCGGCAACAGUGCCCGACCUGGGCAGCCCCAGUAUGGACAGCAACAACAACAGCAGCAGUUCCAACAGCCCGGAGGCUUCCAGGGUGGAUUGGCUCCUCAACCGACUGGUUUCGGAGGAGGUCCAAUGCAGCCAAUGCAGCAACAGUUCACUGGCUUCCCGGGCCAGCCGCAGGGCUUUGGACAGCAGCCGCAACCUCAGCAGCCGCAGUUCACAGGCUACCCAGGGCAGCAGGGCCAACAAUUUCAACAGCAGCAGGCUCCACAGCAGAUGCCCUUUCAGACGGGUGCGCCACCGCAACAACAGCAGCAACAGGCUCCAGCUCAACCUCAACGGCCGCAGCCAACGGGCAUGACUUCGGCGCAGAUGGCUGAUUCGUUUCGCGGCAACUCUGCUUCAUCGGUUCCACCACCUGUUCCCGCGAAGACGACCAAGAUCCCGAACAUUAGGCUCUCGUUCAUCACGGCGCAAGACCAGGCCAAGUUCGAGCAGCUGUUCAAGACAGCCGUGGGAACCUCACACGCUUUGUCGGGAGACCAAGCGCGGGAUCUGUUGAUGCGAUCCAAGUUGUCUGGAGACGAUCUGUCUCACAUUUGGACGCUUUCAGACACGACCAAGUCCGGCCAGCUUCUCUUCCCCGAAUUCGCGCUUGCCAUGUACCUGUGCAACAUCAAGCUGACCGGAAAGGAUCUACCCAACUCUUUGCCCGAAAGAGUCAAGAACGAGGUUUCCAGCAUGGUCGACAUCAUCUCGUUCGGUAUCAGCGAAGAGUCCUCGAAACGCCCCACGCCGUCUAGCAAUGCGCCCAAGUUCAACGAGGUCCCCACGAUUCAGCAGCCGCAGCCGCAGGCUACAAACAGCCAGCUACUGACCACUUUGGUCUCACAACCGACUGGAUUCGGGCAACAACCAAUGGGCAUGCAGCCGCAACCUACAGGCUUUGGGCAACAACCGACAGGAAUGCAGCCCCAGCCUACUGGCUUCGGUCAGUCCCCAGGCGGCUACAAUGGACCACGUCCGCCGAUGCCUCCAAUGCCCACUGGGUUCGGCUCAAACCUGGCGCCCAACCAGACGGGUAUGGCUCCGUUGAAUGCGCAGCCCACAGGUAUGCCUGGCCAAUGGGGCCUUGCAAACACUCCAGCCACUGGACUGCCAAACAUCGAAGCUCUGGCGCAAAGGAUGAUGCCUCAAACUGGCCGUGAAGGUGGUACUCACACCACUGCUGGGUUGACGGGUAAUGCAACUAUCCCCUGGGCUAUUACAAAGGGCGAGAAGAAACUGUAUGAUGAUACUUUUAGGGCUUGGGACGGUAUGGGAAAAGGCUACAUUAGCGGUGCGCAAGCUCUUGAGAUCUUCGGCCAAAGUGGACUACCCAAGCCAGACCUCGAGCGCGUUUGGACUCUUGCCGAUUCUGCUGACCGAGGCCGUCUCGACCUGGACCAGUUUGCGGUAGCCAUGCAUUUGAUCUAUCGCAAGCUCAACGGCUACCCCAUCCCUGCUCGUCUACCCCCUGAGUUGGUGCCACCCUCAACACGCAACAUCAAUGACUCUAUCGGUGCAAUGAAGAACCUCCUUCGCGGAGACGCCGAAGACAGGAAGAACUCGGGUGCUUUCCUUCAGCCACAACGUACUGGCGUUAGCUACCUGAAGUCACACUCCUUCCGUGCCGCAAGUCCACAAGCUGGUGGACGCAAAGAUGCAACUGUUUUCCGUAAUAAUGAUGACAAUGUAGGAUACAAGUCUAGUGCAAGACAUCGACUUGGUGGCGGUGGUCGCUCGCCUUCACCAGCACAGCCUGGUUCUCCUGCUUCAGAUCGAUCAGACGAGAUGUCUCUCGAUCAGCUCCGAAAGUCUGUGAAGGAGAAGCAGAUUCUUUUGGAUGCCAUGGAUUCCCGAGAUGAGAAUGCGGCAGAUGAGGAUGAUGCACUCGACCGCCGUGACCGUCGCGAAGCUGAGGAUCUCUACCGCCGUAUUCGCAGGAUACAGGAAGACAUCGACGCUCAUCCCAAGGGCGCAAUGAGGUCUUCUGAUUCAGACGCAGAACGUCGUGCCCUCAAGCGCCAGCUUCAGAAUCUCACCGACCGCUUGCCUGAACUUGCCUCCAAUGUGCGCAGAACAGAGCGUGAAAUUGCAGAUGCCCAGCUAGAGCUUUUCAGACUCAGAGAUGCCAAAGCGCAUCCUGGAUCCGCAUCGACCAUUGUCGGUACUGGUCCUGGCGGUGCUGUAACAGAAUCAGAUCGUCUGAAAGCUCGUGCUAAGGCUAUGAUGCAAGCUCGAUCUGCCGCAUUGACUGGAAGACCUGCUCCUGCCAGCGAUGACACUGGUGCUGCAACAGAACGCCUAGAAAAGGAGAAUUCACGUAUCCGAGCUGAGAGAGAAAACAACGAGCGCAUGAUCCGUGACGUUGAGGAUAGUGUUAACGAGUACACCAAAGGCCUCGAAUCGAGUCUCAAGGAAGGCGGUCAUGAUAACACAAGUGAGCACGAGCGACGCAGGUGGGAGGAGGCUCUUGGUGUGGAGGACGAAGUUAAGGAUUUCAUCUUUGAUCUCCAGCGCAGCAGCCGAGCUUCACGCAUCCGCAAAGAAGAUCACUCGCGCGACAACUAUAGAUCAUCAUCUGUUCGCUCAGAAGACAACCGGCCUUCCACAGCAAAUCGGUAUGAUAGCCCCGCUGCUCGCGUGGAGCCUCCUGUUCGUGCAGCAAGUGCCGCUCCCAGCGGCUCUGCAUACAAGACUCCAGAAGAACGUGCGGCUUUCAUCAAGCAGCAGGCUGAGCAACGCAUGGCUGAGCGUCUGGCUGCGUUGGGCAUCAAGGCUCCAGUAAAAGCUGGUGAAACAGCGCAACAACGCGCUGAUCGUGAGAGGAAGGAACGCGAGGAGAAGUUACGGCAGGCCGACGAAGAGGAUGCACGCCGCGAGGAGGAGCGCCAAAGACGUCUUGAAGACGAGUCCCCUGCGCCACCUGCUCCAAUCAAGAGCAGUGGCAAGAAGCCAGCACCGCCCCCACCAGUUUCACGCAAAAACAAGAAUGACCAAGCGGAAGCAGAAUCGAAGAAGGCUGAGAACGAUAUGGCCGAGAGAGCUCUCCGUGAGCAACAAGAGGCCCAAGAAGCAGAGACGAGGCGCAUGGAGGAAGAAGAGCGCAGACAAGAAGGUGAACUGGCCCAAGAAAGGGAAGCCGCUCAGGCUAGACUUCGUGCUCUUGAACAGCAAGUUCAGCAAGGCAAGAUGAAGAAGGCCGAGGAAAAGAAGCGUCGGGAAGCUGCUUCCAAGGACGCCAAGGAGAAAGAGUCUCGAUUGGCCGCACAGCGUGCUGAGAUCGAAGCCGCUCGUGAGCGUGAACGCCAGCUACAAAUGCAGCUUGAGGCGCUCGAUGAUGAUGAAUCCUCCGAUGAUGACGGCCCGCAGAACAUUACGCCUCAAGACAAUACACCGAUCGCUAGUCAAGAGUUGCCGCGCGAUACAGCGCCACCACCAGCACCGCCAAUGCCGCAAACGAAUCACAACACGCCACCAUCCUCCAUCGCUAGCCCGCCGGCAUCCUCGGUGACUAGUCCCCACCCUGGGCUCGGUGACACUGAGACCAAGAAUCCGUUCCUGAAGAAAAUGGCCAUGUCGAACCAGGAGAACAACACAGUUUCGACCCCGCCGCCUCCUCCUAGCAAUACCAGUGAAGUAUCUACGAACCCAUUCCACCGCCUGACGCAGGAAAAUGCCAAUAAGGCUUCCAUUCCCACGUUCAACGAACCAUCUGGUCCCUCGGCACGCAGAUUAGGAAGACAGGACGAUGAUGACUGGUCUGUCGUUGAUUCGGACGACUCGUCAUCUGACGACGACGAAGCGCCUACUCAAGGUGGAGCUAAGCAGCUAGCAUCCAUGCUCUUCGGAACCAUGGCGCCGCCACGCCCCUUGUCAUCAAUGGACAACAAGAGCCCCCGUGCUGAAAGUCCAGCUGUAGCAUCGCCUCCCACAGGCAUUCCUCCUCCACCGCCAAUACCCUCAGGCUCUGCCCCUCCACCUCCACCUGGUCCACCACCUCCCCCAGGCGGCAGUGCUCCGCCACCACCGCCCAUGCUCGGCAUGAAGGCUCCGGGUGGACUACCCAACCGAGGAGCAUUGCUUGGUGAGAUCACUGCCGGAAAGGGUUUGAGGAAGGUCGAGACCAAAGAUAGGAGUACGGCUUCUACUGCAGGUAGGGUUUUGGGUUAGGUUUGUUCGAGUAUGGGAAACUGUAAUAUAGUUAGUUUUGGUUGUUUUUAGACUGAUUCGAAGAGUGCGUUUCUGCUGU